UUAGCGCGUGCUGUUGCGGCGUACGGUGGAAGUGCGACGGUGUUUACAUAUUUGUCUCCACAGCAGCUAGCGCGCGCCGGAGUAGAGCGGGUGUCGGAGGAGACGUGUCUCUGGCGCGAACUGGAGCCGCGCGUCCGGCUGCUUUGCGAGGUGGCCGAAUCCGAAAGCAUGGUCGACGUGAUCCGGGCCACGCUUGAAGCCACGGAUCGCUGGGUCGAGCGCGUCAAGGCGUUUUAUAGGAAGCCAGACUGCUCGUCUGUCCUCGACUCGUCUGUCACUGACUCGUCUGUCCCCGACUCCGCCUGGCCGAGCUUGGUGGUAGCCGAUAUCGGAGUUUCUUAUGAUUCCGUGCUGGCCCAGUACUUCCGCGCUCCAAGUUACUCGUUUUCACCAUCGCCGCUAUACUACGCCCUCUGCGACGAAGCUUUGUUCCGGAGUGUGCUGAAUCCCUGCCAGGUUGAGUUGCCCGGUAUUUGCACGCUGCAGCCAGACGAAGGUCUCGUCCUUGACCCCGCGUUGUUGCCCCUUCUCGCGAAGGCCAUGGCAACCGAGGAGGUCGCGCGCGCAAAUCGCGCUGGCGUCAUCAUUAACGACGUGCAAGCCUUCUAUACUUCUCAAACAAUAGACGCGCUACACAGACGGGAAUUCAGCCGUCAGUCCGCCUUGGGCCCCCGCCCGGGCUUUGAGGUGUAUACUGUUGGUCCCCUGCUGAAGUUUGACGAUCGGUGUUCUGUAUUUGGGGCGUAUUCACGAAAUAAGACGGAUGGAAUCAGGCAGUGGUUGGAAGACAAAGCGCGGGGUAGCGUCGUAUACGUAUCGAUGGGUAGUGCAUACGAUCUGGCCCUGCAGGAUCUAACUGAGCUGGCCCACGGACUGACUUUGGUGGCUGACGCUCUGAACUUAUUUGUGCUCUGGGCACAUAGACCGGUGCAGUUGGAACCGGCGGCAAACUCGGGCCUGGAUAGCAGCGGGCUACCGGCAGGCUGGUUGGAGGCCAACACGCGCCGCGUGAAGGUCUGCCCUUGGGUCGACCAGUUGCGCGUGCUGCAGCAUCCGGCGCUUGGAUGCUUCGUCACACACGCAGGGUGGAAUAGUUUGCUGGAAAGUGUUUGUGUAGGACACGCUCCCCUAGUGUGUGUCCCGUUAUCAUUUGAGCAGCCGGCAAACGCGUGUGUUGUUGAAAAGUAUUUCGAGAUUGGUACCCGUGCAAGAAAGAACCCAACGACUGAUCCCCUCGAGCGAAACAGAUUCGCUGAGACCAUCGAAGACACGCUGCGCAACGCAACACAUUUCCGAGAACGAUUGCAGAAACUACAGGCCCAGGCAACCACUGCCUGGGACAACCACUUGGGAAGCAGCGCACAUACUCUCAGAUCCCUACUUGACCUAAUAGUUAGUUAA